GUGUUUAGCUUGGCGUGUGGCGAGCAUACGAUCGAAUGUUACCGCUCAGUCAACAAAUCGCAGUCAACUAGCCAGUUUAAUACAUAAACUGACGCGGCCAAUAGCACAUCAAGUUGCCACAGUGGGGCUGCUAAAAGUGAUACCAAAAAAAGUGUGAACGAAAUUACGAAAAAAUUACCACCCAAAAUUUUAUACAAAUUUCAACUACAUUUUUCCCACAAAUGAGCUUCUCAAAAUGUUUCUGCGUCGCGCUAUACAAGUCGCCACAGUGUUGAUUUAUUGGUUUGUUAUUGUGCCGGUAAUUGCCAAAUAUUUGGAGGACAUCAAAUGGAUGCGUCGUGGCAAAUGGACACGCAAGAAAUUGGGUUUCUACGGCAUUGCUGCAUUCAGCUUCAUUUUUACCUACUUCCUGUGCAUGUACGCUUAUAUGUUGUGCAAACGUUGGGAGCGUAAAAUACUCACCGACAUGAAACAGUCUACCACCAAAACCGCCGAAUCUGAGGUACCAUCAGCGGCCACAUCAAUGGCUACAGUAGCCGAAUUGGAGCCACUCGAACGCGUGCGUCCAGCGCGCUCAGCAAUUUUAGCAGCACCAGCUGUCUCUAGCCCGAGCGCACAGCUAUUGGUCAAGGAGCAACAGAUGCAGGAGCAUGAUGCCAGCCAACAACAAAGACAAACAGGUGCACGAAGUAAAGUGAAAAUUUUACGUUCAGCGCCUAAAAUACCAACCGUACAUCGGCUGCUGCCUGCGCCAACCACCACUACAUUGCCAGUGAUUGUGACUACACCGCUGGCACCGCUGCAGGAGCAGCCCUAUGGUGGUGAGCUCGAGGCGAAGAAUAAAAGGUUAAGUCGCGCGGAAAGGCUGACAACAGAAUUAGCGGAGAUUUUGCGACGAUACUAUCGCAUGAGUACGGGUAAUGGCAAUAAUAAGGCAACACCAACGAUGGUGGAACGCGUGUGAGGUGAAGGGAAUGAGAAAAAUUAAGUUUAAAACCGGGACAUUGAAUCCUUUAAACUUUUUCUGCGAAUCUCAAAUGGUAGUUUGAUGCGAAUGUGACGUGAAAUAUAUGCCAAUUUAAAAAUUAUGUGGGAAUAAUGCAUUUGAAUGAAGCGAAAUGUAGAAGUGAAAUAUGCAAGUUUGGCGGAUCAGAUUUGAUGAAAAUCGAAUUGACGAAAGUGAUUUAUUUGAAGAAGUACAUCUAAAUAACGCGAAAUACGAAAAACUAUGUUGAAAUCAAUAUGAAAAUACGACGGAAUCUAAGAAUUCUACAAAAUAUUUAUUCGGCGAAAAGUGACACUUACGGAGUAGAAGCCUGAAACCUUCUAAUGGGAAAUAAUGUGAAAGUUUGGUUGCAGUUACAGAAUAGAAAAUCAAUAAAUGAGCACAUGAACACAAUCACUGGUGAAAUAUUUGGUAAUAAGUGGCAAUUGGGCAGUGGAAGUUCGACUGAAAGCUUUUGCAAGCAAAACUCAUAUGAAAGUUUGAACGAAAGUUAGAGGGUCGAACACAAUUUCAUAUCAACACAAUGAAUGGUGAAAUUACAAACAAAAGAACAGAAAAUGUUGCAGCUUGAACACUUACGCAGUAAGAAAAAUUAUAUUACUAUAUACAUACACGAAUAUGUAUGUAACUGAAUAAAUUGUUGAAAUAAAAUACAUGGAAAUUUGACGAAAACUUUUGAAGAGCAGCAAACCCACCUGCAGCAAACGAACCUUUAAUACCUUUAUACCUUUAAUAAAAAGUAAAGUGUAGAAAGUAGUCAUUAAAAAAUAGUGAAGGGAAAAUGUUUAUGUAAUAAUAAGCAAAAGUUUGUUUUAUAGAGUUUAGCGAGAAAUAAAAGUGAAAGUUGAAAAAGUUGAGGAAAAAGAUAGCUUCGAACAAAUUUCUAAAUGAAAACCCAUAAACUAAGAAUAUAAAAAUAAAAAAAAUAAAAAAAAAAUAAACAUGAAAAAAAUAAAAACUAAAAACAAUAAAAGUUAAAAAAUUAAAAUUAAAAAAAUUAAAAUCAAGAAACUUAAAAUUAAAAAAAUUUAAAUUAAAAAAUAAAAGUUAAAAAUAUAAAAUUUUAUGUGGAGUUGAAUUUAUUUAAAAUAAAAAAUGUAUUAGUAGAAAGCAGAUUAGCGAAGAGCUGAACGACAGCCUGUGUUGAUAAACAAGAAUUCACAAACGAAAAUAAAAUGUAACAGAACGAAAAUAAAUUUUACAAAAUCAAUCAUUGUAAAUACAAUUUAACUAAAUUACCUCAAAUUUGUAAUGAAGAAGAUGAAUUGAGGCCUACUCAUUAGGUGAUAGGAAAAUAUUGUCAGUAUUAAAAGUUGGAGCACAAUAUUGAAUAAUAGCCUCGAUUUGAAUUGCAAGUCCAACAAAAAUUCUCAAAAUAUUAAGAAUGCGAUACGAAAAUGCUGCCUACAAAAUAAGACUGCAAAAUGGGAUAAUUCGAAACCCGUAACAGUAAAUAGAGUGCUUAAAAUUUUAAUAUGUUACCUUGCGUUUCUUCACCAAAUUAAAUGCAAUGAAGUUUUCACUUUUACUUUCCGUGAAUGCAAUCAAAUUGGCAGAGAACUUGAAAAAGAAAGUUCUGUCCUUUUUUUAAAUAAAUGGCCUACAAAUGUAAAAGUACGGGCAUGUUUUAAGUAAAAAUUGUACAUAAAAAAUUUCAACAACUGAAAAGAAAGAGAAACUGCGAAUCCAUUACACUUUAACUGCCUUAAUUGCACUGCUAACUUUUUACAGAAGCCUAAAAAUAGUUUAUUUUAUUAAAGCAUUUGCAUUUCUGAGGUUCUGCUUGAUAUUGAAAUAUGUGGCGUUUUUGCGUAUUAGACGUGUUAAUUUGCACGUAUUCGCAUUGACAACUCUACAUUUGGGCACUAAUUAAUAUUGGACUACACAUGUCGAUAUGAAUGCCGAUAAGGGUAUCCAUUUUUGGCGCACAGCGCAUGGAAGUCUACGCAUUGAAAUGAUAGUAAAAUGAAUUUUCGUUGGAUUGGCGUUUGUGAAAAGGCUUUGAAAAAUGAGGGGAGGACCAAAACACCAAAAAAACAAGAAAAAAAAAAAUUAUAGUACAUAUAAAAUAAGUAAAAAUGAAGUGAAAUCAAAUUAAAAAAGUUUAAAUGAAAUAAAAUAAAAAGAUCUAAUUUAAUCUAGGCGAAAUUAAUUAAACCAAAAUAAAUUAGAAUAGUAAAUAUUGAAACAAAAUAAAACUCAAAUUAAAUUAAAUGUAAAGUAAAAGAAGAGAAUUUAAUUAUUAUUUGAAUAAAAUAAAAUGAAAUUAAACUGAAAAAUAAACUCAAAUUAUUAAUAUAAAUUAGAUUAAAAUGAAAAUUAAAACACUAAAAUAAAAUUAAAAUAAACUAGCUUAAAAUUA